AUGCCUGAGGAGCCUUCGCAGAUGGGACUGGUGCGAGCUAACGUUACCACGUGGUGGGAGUCGAAGCUGCCCGCGCACGUCCCACACAGGCGUGUGCUGCUGGACGCAACCGUGCGCAUGUCUCAGUUCUGGGCGGCCUCCUCCCAGCUGUUCCAAUCGGUCCCCGACUGCGCGGACCUGUCGACGCGGUGCGAGGCCGCCGCCCAGGUGAGCGGCCGCUACGCCGACCUGGAGCGCUGGGCGGCAGGCCUCAGCCACGACGCGGCCGGCACCGUGGAGCUGGCGGGGGGCGGCCGGACGGGCGCCCACGGGGCGAUCAAGCGGUGGCUGUUGGUCGAGGCCCGAGCUGUGGCCCAGAUCGUGGUGGACAUCGGCUCUCUCUUGGCCAGAGGGGCUGGGGCCGUGCACACCGAGGCCUGGGCCUCACCGAUCGGCCCUGCGGAUGCCCAGUGGCGGGCGGGUGUGCCCCGCUUCUCCAGAGGUGGGCGUGCUCGUGCGCAACCAGUCGAAGAAGAAACGACGGCAUAA